UAAGAUGGUCGUCCGGGACCGUUUUGAGGCAGGGAUGAGGGAGCUGGUGUGUUUCACCCAACACCUACUUGAAGCUGAGGCAGAUCCGAAUGCACACGGGAAAAUCCGGGAACGAAUCCAGGCAGCUUCCCGAGAGAUGUCAGCAGCAGAUGAGGAGCUGGGAAGGCAGCUGAAGACGGUAGAUUCCAGAACCGAGGAGCUAGUAGCGAAGAAGAAAAGCCUGCAGGACGAGCAAGAGGAAAAGAAAGGGACCCUCAAGCGCUUAAGGAUCCAGCUGGACUCCUGCCGCGGGUCGGAAAGAGAGGCCAGAGAGAUGCUGGAAAGGGCCAACAGGCAGCUCGGAGAAAUGCAGGCCGAGCUGCAGAGACAACGAGAGGAAGCAGAGCGCAACCGACUGACACGAGAUAUUGGCAUCGGGCUGAUGUUUAUUCCUAUCGUGGGGACAAUUGCUGGCUCCAUCAUGGUCGGCUGUGGGCAGGUAGCUUUGGAUGCCGCUGAGAAAGCCGCAGGCGAGGCCCAGGAUGCCGUUAAUCGACACGCGAACGAAGUGUUCAGCUACUCAGUAGAAGUCUGCAGGUACGAGGAGCAGGAGCGGCAGGUGGAGGCCGAGAUCGCGGCCAAUAACCAGCGACUGGCUCAGAUCGACGCGGAGCGACAGGCGUUGGCCGUGCUACAGGGGGAGAUCAUCACCCUGCAGGACGGGCUGAGGAAAUGUGUUACCUUCAUGAACGGGCUAGCGGGGAGGGUCCGCGUGGCUAAAAGGCUCACCGAGCACCUGCUGAUCUACGAGGAGCUGGCCAACAUCCUCGGAGAGGUCGUCCAGCAGGUGCUGCCCCUAAUGAGCCCGGGAGGCGAGGCUGGCACGAGAUUCCUGGCCGCGGGAGAACUCCAGGGCCUCAUUGAGAAGUUAAAGUCGGGCGGUUGCAGCCUCAGAGCCCUGGCAGACGCCGAGGCAGCAGCAAUUGAGUUUUAAGGCCACGAUUUCAAAGGCUGAAGGCCCAGGCUGGGCUGCGGUGAGCGCAUGGGUUUCCCUCUACGCUUGAGAAUCGUACCGGGCUACAAGGCUGGUUAGUUGGGCUGCCACCUCCAAGAUCCAACCCCCCACCCAAAAUAGCCUUUGCCCCUCACCUCCACCAUCCUGACCCUCUGCUUCCUCUCUCAGGUAACCCCUGGGGCUCAAACCCCCAUCUCUGCACCUCUGUACUCUCCCUGCUGGUGAGCCUGGCGUCCCGCCCUCCCUCCUCCACCACGUGACCCGGCUCACUCCUCCCAAGAUCCCUGCGCGGCCACGCAGAUUAUAAGUGAAAACACCCCUGGCGCAUGGCAACCAGCAGGAGAAAAACCGGCCAGGUGCCAACCCCAGCCAGGGCUGUGCCAUGUUAACUGACACGGAGAAACCUGCACAGCCCCCUGUGUGCAAACAGUUAUACUGGUGUGAAGGGGCCUUUACUGGUUUAGCUUAGUCCCCUUCCCCUGUGGGAACAGGCACCGACAUGCCAGUAGAGCUGCCUCCACACUGCAGGGGGUAGCUAGGCUGUGCUGGUAAAACCCCCAAUGCAGACACAACUGUGUCGACAGAGGAGUGCUUCCGGCGGGUUCACUGACAUCUUUUCGGGAGGUGGUGUUUGUUGUACCAUCCGAAAAGCUCCUGGUGUUGGCGUGAGCUGCGUCUACACGAGGGAACCCUGCCGGGCUUGCUACACUGACUGUCUCUGCAAUUUAGUUUAAGACAAUUAGAUGCAAAGUGUAAGUCUGGGAACCAGUUUUGGUUUGGAAACAUCUGGCCACUUUCUGAGGGGAAAAAAGGAAAGUUUUGGAGAAAAAUCCCAACAUUUUUGCUAAAAAUGUGUUAGUUUUUAAAAAAAAAACCAAAAAAGCCAACAAAUUCAGUAGAAAAUACAUUUUUUUAAAGUCGGUUUGUUUUCAAACCCAGCAGAAUUAAACCUUCUCCAGAAUUUGUUUGAGUUCAGGCAGCCCUAAAAUUGGCAGAUUAUGUGUAUUUAUGGCCAAUCAAAUGGAAAA